AAAUGUUUAUUAAAAAUAUUGCUGAAGAAAUUAAGUGAUUUACGUGUCUUUUGCUACUGUUAGAUAAAAUAUUAUAUUUCAAGAUGGAUGCAAAUCUGUCAUUCUUUAAAUUUCCCUUUGUAGAUGCAGAAACAUCAGAUUUGGAAUUCAAUAAAAUUAAACCGUUAGAUGGUUACGAUGACCUCCAAGGUACAUUGCCUUCUCAUGGAAGUCUCUUGGCUAAUGAUGAUGUGUUAGCAGAAUUCCUAACAGCAGAUGGACCUUUGGAGGAACCAGACUUGAACGGCCCUACGACUUUACACUGUGAAAUAUGUAGCAAAAAGUUCGAUAAUGCCAAGAAAUACUAUGGACAUUUACGAGUUCACUCUAAAGAUAACCUUUGGAUUUGUGACAAAUGUCCAGAUCAAAAGUUUUCCACAAAACAACAACUAAUGAAACAUGGCCUCACACACAAGCCUCUGGGAUGGGUUUGGAAGUGCCCGCAGUGUACCAUGGCAUUUGAAGCACUUUGGAGGCUACAACAACAUCUCUUUGCAAAACAUUUAGAUUACAGACCUUAUAAAUGUGAUCAAUGUGAUAAAGCAUUCUACAAACCAUCUGAUCUUAAAAAGCAUGUGGAUGUUCAUAAAGGUGUACGCAAUUUUCCAUGUACAAGCUGCAGUAUGCAGUUCAGAGAUAAAUCCAAUCUAAAGCGUCACAUGCUAACACAUACCAACGAGAAACCAUUCUGUUGUUCUGGUUGUGGCAACAGAUUUAAACAGUUAGCAUCGAUGACAAGGCACAAACGUUACUGUCCAAUGAACAGAAAUCAAAAUGAGAUUGUUGACAAAACUGUUAGAAAAAAUCAUUGCCGAGUCUGUGGUAUGACAUUUCAGUAUAAAAGUGCUUUACUUGAACAUUGCGUAAGACAACAUACCAAUCAAAGUAAAGAACCCGAUAAUGAAGAGAAAGUUAUUGAUACAAAUGCAGAUGCAAACAGAACUGUUGAUAAUAUUGUAGACGAUAUUCUGUCUGCGGAAGAUGACUAUAUGACUAUACCUCAACAAUCUAACUUAGCUUUCAAUAGUCAAUAUAUAACAGAUCCAACUACAGAUGAUUAUUUAAUGCAAGUCGAGUUCCUUAAAGAAAUAAAUCAAUUACAUUCAUUAGAUGAUGAAUUACUUUACAAUGACAUAGAUUUAGAAACAUUUCAAAAUAAUCAAGUGUUUAAUUCUAAUAUUGAUAUUGAUUAUAAUCCGAGUGAUAGAAACGGAGAGAUAUUAUUUGAUUUUACUGAAUGCGGUAAAAGUAUGGAUCAUGAUAUAAUAUCAGCUUUAUGUCAAGUUAAAAAUGAUUUACCUGAUGAAUUUUUAAAUGUACCGGACAUUAAUUUUGAUAGACCUGAAUUGAAAGUACCAGAAACUGUUGAUGAAUGUGAAAAGAUAUUUGAAAGUGAUGUUGAUUUGGAAGCGAGUACAAAUUUAGCAGCAAAUUUGAAACAACUCAUCGGAGAGAAUAGUGUACAAUAUAUAUCAUCAGAAGAUCAUGAUACGUUUAUUAUAAGUUUGAAUAGUGAAAUAGACGCUGCUCAGUUAACUGAUUUGUUAAAUAUUGAUGUUGAAAAAACUGAAGACAAUAAAAUAGAAGAACUUCCAUUAGUUCCAGUUAAAGUAGAUAAUAUUAACAAUGUAGAAAAUAAAAUGGAUGCUGUAUUAGAAAAAGAAAUAAAACAAAUAGAACCAAACAAAUUAGAUGACAAAGUUGAAGAUAUUAAAGGAAAAGAAAAGAAGAAAGUUAUAUUUGUUUGUAAAAUUUGCAAGAAAACUUUUAAUAAGAAAGACAAUUACAAAUCUCAUAUUGGUACACACAACCCAUCUCUACGCAGACACAAGUGUUCAGUGUGUGGUGAACGGUUCAGCUACAGGUCCACUCUCAACAAGCACGUGUCUGCAGCGCACGAGCCUCGUGUCCUCUCAGCGCACAGCUGUCCGCACUGCGACAACACAUACCGCGCACAUUGGAUGCUCAAGAAUCACAUCGAGCGCGAUCACGAGCGUCUCACGCCAUAUGUAUGUGAUGACAAGCAAUGCGACAGAAAGUUCUACAAGAAGACGGACCUUGAAGUACAUAAAAGACAUCACAGCGGAGAGCGGCCAUACGUAUGUGAGAUGUGCAGCAGCGCCUUCCAACAGAUCUCUCAUCUCAAGCGACACGCGCGCACUGUACACGGACACAAGGCGUAUGUUGCACUCUCUGUUUACACUGCAUAG